AUGAGGACUCACCUGCUUUGGUUGUUGCCCCUGAUUCUGCUCAGCUCCUCAGUGCAGGCGCUGAAGUGUCAUGAGUGCAGUGCCACAGGGGACUGCUUCCAGCCUACAUCUUGCAGCGACAUGACCCGCUACUGCUUAACUUCCUGGUACACACCCCCAGGCCAGCAAACAACUGUGACAAAAACAUGCGCAUUUACCUGUCCUGAUGUCCAUCAGAGCAUGAAUAAUUCCAAGGCCUCCUGCUGCAACACGGACCUCUGCAACAGUACCAUGAGCCUCCAUGCCAGCUGGGCACUGCUGACCCUCAGCAUCUGCUUUCUCUAUCUCAGGGGAUAGGUGCAGAGCUCCCACACAGGCUCAAGCUGCAGAGUUAGGAGUUUGGAGCCAGGUGCCAUCAUGUGACUGGAAUGUCUCAUAGCCUUCCUUAUGUGUGGUACUUCUUCAACUCCGGUCAGCAGGAUUCCAAGAGAGAAUGCUCGCUGAUGUACAAAAUCACUAGGACUGAUGGGGUCUUGGAGCUGGAACACUG